AUGGAGCCGCCACGCAAUGACGGGCCGGAUGGUUCCUCUAUCAAACCUGUAUCCUCCCUACUUGCGCGGUUCGAGAAUCUAAGUCAAUCAGCGCCUCUCGCGCCUCCCCAAAAUGCGCCCUCGAGAUCUAUUUCUCCAGCCCCCAAGCCUGAUAGAUUACGAACUUUCAAAGCCUCGCAGGAUCCUGCCCCGUCUCCCAGUCCUGCGCCCGUUGUCUCAUCCCCUCAUGCAGCUGCUUCUCAAAAAACGCCGGUAAAGCCGCCCGCGAAACCAAUACAGCUCCACGCGACAGAACAAACCACUCCUCGCAAUGGAGUUCCUGCGCUAGCAAAUAUGUCUACAACGCCGGCAAUGGCGGGCGGCACCUUGCCAUCAACUCCAACAAUGCCUCCGCCGCCUGCUCUCAAAGUCCUGCCACCUCAAUCUCCGACCCAGACUCACGCUUCGGCUGUUGUGUCUGCCGACCAGUCGCCAUUCUUAGAUCCAACGACUGCUGCAUCACACGAGCUCACAGGUGCUUCACCGAUACCCAUUAAGAUACCCAGUCGACCCUUGACACCGAUGUACUCUCUUUCUGCUCCUCGAUCGCCUCGCCUGGCUCCUUCGCAGCCUCCGUCACCACCUCCCCCGAGACGGUCUGUCGAAACAAGGCGGGAACCAAAGCAACCUCCGCCGCCGCCAGCUCCUCGUCUCGACAAGUCGAGAAAAAUGACUCCAGUCUCAUCGAAUCUCCCAGAUACUCGCAAGAACACCUUAUCUUGCACAGGGGCAAGUAUCGUUGACGAAACGUCUCCGUUCAACAGCCCGCCAGCCAGCCCCGAAAAGACCCACGACGACGAGAGUCCCCCUGAGCUACCCAUGCGGCCAAGAGCAGAAGUGAACAUGGACCUUGCGUCCAGAUCCAGGCCUGUCAUGGGUGCAAGUUUUGAGCCGCCGCCAGUGCAUCACUCUCUCGCAGUCAGGAGAUCAGAGCGUGAUGCGUCCGUGGAUGGAACCCCUAGGCCGUCCCUCACAACGCAACGCCCUGUGGAUGGUCGAGUCGCCCAUUCGCCCAAACGAUCGACUAGUGACCUGACGACCGUGACACACGCUACCUACAGCUACAAUUCAGGCAGACCUCCCCCGAAACCACCUAGGCCAGCUCAACAGCGUACUGGUACCACAUCAGAUACCCUAUCCAGCUCAGCACCAGCCGGACGUUCGCAGCAGCAGUCGCCGCCCACCACUCACCACUUUCCCGCGCCACCUACACGAAUUCACGCGCCUGUCAAGACGGUUGACCGACCUACCGAUAGAGAGACGCUCGACUCGCGAGCGCUCACACCGUCUCCACCAUCAAUAUCGGCCAGUCGCCCAACGCCUCGUAGUAUUUCGCCUCCGCCUGCCACAAGCACGGAGCCGGCUGUACAUGUGACGGCGUUUCCGGAUUGCGCAAAUGUCAAUCGGAAACCACCACACGCCAAAAAGGGCUGCUAUGAGAUCCAGACUAAAUACGAUCCGAGAAUCAUUGACAUCUGUGGUGACCUGGUCUGUACCAGCGGCCAGUUGACGAGAAUUUGGAAUACCCUGGAUGGGGAGCAGAUUAUGAGUCUCGCUCACACUGAAGGAGUCAGGGCAACUGCUGUUCUGUUCAAGCCAGCCGCAGACGCAGACCACGAGGGAGCUUUCAUAUGGGUCGGUACCAAUAUAGGCGAGCUCAUGGAGGUGGAGGUUGCCACGCAGCGGAUUACUGAAGUCAGGACUGGUGUGCAUGGCAAGGCGGAAAUUACCAAGAUAUACCGACACUACAACCAGCUGUGGUCACUAGACGAAGGGGGCAUUCUAAUUCUUUGGCCCGGCGAAAGCGAUGGGGUCCCGAACCUCAGAAGCCAUCCCAUUAUACAGCCAAGCAGGCUUCCAAAAGGCGCCACCUUUUCCAUGGUGGUUGGGAGUGAACUAUGGCACGCAACUGGCAAAUCGAUUCGGGUGUUUGAGCCGUCAACUGACGGGUCCAGACCGUUUCAAGUCUUGGUUCGACCCUUGACCGCUGACGGUUGUGGCGAUGUCAGUGCCGGCACCAUUCUCAGUUCAACACCCGGCAAGGUGUACUUUGGCCAUGUGGAUGGAAAAGUAAGCAUUUUUUCGUCCUCGGACUAUUCUUGUCAAAUGAUCUUGAAUGUUAGUUCCUGGAAGAUCAAUGGACUCGCGGGUGUGGGACACAAUCUUUGGGCUGCCUACAACACCGGCAAGAUAUGUGUAUACGACACGACCCGACAACCCUGGACUCUGAAGAAGGAGUGGCAGGCGCACGACCAAUCAGUCUUGAAAAUGAGGAUGGACCCAUCGGCUGCCUACCGAGUCGACCGCCUGCAAGUUGUGUCCCUUGGCACUGACAGUAAAGUCAAAUUGUGGGAUGGCAUGCUGCAGGACACCUGGCUGGAAGACGACCUCAAAUCUAAAGAUAUAAAUUAUUGCGAGUUUGAAGAAAUCAAAGCUAUGGUUCUCACAUGGAACGCGGGAGCAUCGACUCCCCACAGCCUACGAUACUCGAAAGGCGAUGGCGAUGCUACCUUCUUCCAGGAUCUACUACGAUCGAGCGGGUCACCUGAUAUUCUUAUUUUCGGCUUCCAAGAACUAGUCGACUUGGAAGACAAGACGGCUACAGCCAAGCGGCUUCUCAAGUCCAAGAAGAAGGAAGGGACUGAGCAAGAACACAUGAGUCAUCAAUACCGUGACUGGAGGGACUUUUUGCUGAAGACAUUGGACGACUAUAUGCCCGGCGAUCACUUGUACCACCUUCUCCAAUCAUCGCCGUUGGUGGGGUUAUUCACUUGCGUGUUUGUAAAGUCGACUAUUAGGGACAGGAUCCGAAACUUGAACGCAGCGGAGGUAAAACGCGGAAUGGGGGGCUUGCACGGAAACAAAGGGGCCAUUGCCGUCCGAUUUCGAGUGGAUGACACGUCCCUCUGCUUCAUCAAUUGCCACCUGGCUGCUGGACAGUCACAAGCAAACUCGCGUCACAAUGACAUCGCUGCGAUUCUGGAGGCAAAUUUGUUCCCAACCGAACUGGAUCCAGAAACGCGACUGGACACUUUUACAGGCGGGGGCGAUGGAUCCAUGAUUCUUGACCAUGAGCUUUGCAUUCUUAAUGGCGACCUCAACUACCGCAUCGAUACAAUGUCUCGUGACACCGUGGUCAAGGCCGUAAGGCAGCAGCAGCUGGCCAAAUUGCUUGACCGUGACCAACUCCUGGUGGCACGGCGUCGAAACGCUGCUUUUCGUCUGCGUGCGUUCGAAGAGCUUCCCAUAUCGUUUUCACCGACGUACAAGUAUGAUGUCGGUACGGACACGUACGACACCAGCGAAAAGAGACGAAGUCCCGCCUGGUGCGACCGUCUGCUCUUCCGGGGACAGGGGAGGGUACGUCAACUAGAUUACAAGAGACACGAAGUCCGAGCCAGCGAUCAUCGACCUGUCACGGGAAGUUUCCGCCUCUGGGUGAAGAAGAUUGAUGCAGCAGGAAGAGCAAAGGCUUGGAUGGAGAGCCAAGGGCGGUUUGAGAGUGUGCGAGCACAGGUCAUGGCGAACGAGAUAAUGACGUACCUUACGCACUUUUGUGGGUUCGACGAGCCAACAAGCCAGGCGCUAAUCAAGGAGACAUUAUCACGAAAAGUGCACCGGAGCCCAAGUAGGAAUCGGGGCGGCGGCUAUUAG